UACAGAGUGAGUGUGUGGUAGUGACGUAUGCAGGUAACAUAUCGUCUACGAUACGAUCAUGCUUACAAGUACGAAAUGGUUAAUGAUUCUUACAUGUCUGAUGGGUGCUACUAAAUAUGCGUAUUCAAUAUUCUGCUACGACUGCAACAGCGCGUACGAUCCGCGUUGUGGCGAGGAGUUCGACCCUUUCAGCCUGGGCGUCGUUAACUGCUCGCUCAAGGACCCACUCGAGCACAUACCACCGGUCGAGUCCAAAUUCUGCCGCUCCAUUAAGAUGGAAAUAUACGGCAAAGUGCGCGUCGUCCGGGGCUGUGGGUUCCUAACAGAAGAGAACGAGAAGAUAGGCGACCCUCCCUGCAGACGACAGACUGGUACCGGCGACCUGUUCGUGACCUAUUGUACCUGCGAUACCGAUCUUUGUAACGACGCCGCUUUGAAUGGUGGCGCUAGUGUACUCGCUCUAAUAUUACUUAGCCUGCUUCUGGUGUGUUGAAUAAAUAAAUAAUACCGUAUUUUAUUGUUAUUGCUUUGUGUGAACGGAACGCGCUUAGGACUCUUAUAUUGCCUA